CACACCGAACCCGUGCUCCUGGUCUGUCACCCCGGAAAGCGUCACGCCCUUUGCCUCCUGCAGUGUACGGUGAGCAUUUUAGGACAUCUGUCUGAAAAGGUAAAGUGCGUCCUGCUCUCUCCUCUCGCUAAAAUCUCAGGAUUGCUAAGAAAUCCUUAUAGCGCCUUCCCAAUGCUGGUAACAGUUAUGCGAUAUUCUCUUGCUUUGUGCUGACAUGUCCCACUUGCCCCAUUCGUUCGCCUUCUUACUUUUGCCUGGCAGGUCUCAUCUUCCCCAUUGAGCCGCCUACCAGUGAUGUCAUCAUUCGGCCUUCCUCAUUGCUACGUCAUCACUGGCCCCUCUAGCUAUGUCAUGCCUCGGCUGCCCUCCAUCUUUAUUAUGGGCUGUAGAAUGAGGAAUCUGGUUUAUCUGUCAGGAAAAAAGUAGUAAGAGGAGAUCGCAUAACUAAAAUGUCUGGGAGGAGGAUGAAAGAGGAAGUUGGGACCUGUUAGCACAAAGCAUCGCUUAUUUUCAGAAGACUUGUGGACCAAUGAAACUGAAUACAGUUUGUGAAUCAAAUUUAAUGGCAGUUUAGUCAAAAAGGCUGGUCAAUAUGCUGCUCAAAUGAAUUUACAACUUUCCAUGUUUCUACCUAAGAAUAUACCAGAACGAUCUGUUAUCUGCUAAAGUAAGAUGAUGAAGCAAGCUGGCAUAUUAAAGAUUUUUUUACAGCAUCAGUUUAUGUUUCCCACUGCGUUCUUCUUAAGAAGUGCUCUUGUGCUAUUUGGAGUAUACCAAGAUCAGACUAUGCUGGUGAAAUAUACUGAUGUUGACUAUCAUGUUUUCACAGAUGCAGCCGAAUACCUCACUCAGGGGGUCUCACCAUAUAAGAGAGCGACAUAUCGUUACACUCCAUUGUUGGCCUGGAUCCUUACACCAAACAUCUAUGUCACAGAGCUCUAUGGCAAGAUGUUAUUUGUUUGCUGUGACCUUUUAGCAGCAUACCUGAUCCACAGAAUCCUUGUGGAUAGGGGAAUUAAAGACUCUGCUAGCCUAUACUGUGCAAUUUGGCUCUUUAACCCUCUGCCUAUGGUUGUAUCCAGUAGAGGAAAUGCUGAAUCAGUUUUAGCUGUGCUUGUGCUUUCUGUAUUGUAUUAUGUGCAAAAGCGAAGGCUUAUAAAAGGAGCUUUGAUCUAUGGACUCUCUGUUCAUAUGAAGAUUUACCCAAUAACAUACAUCCUCCCUAUUGCUUUGUUCUUCCAAAAAGAAGAUUUUUAUGGGAGCCAAGAAGGAAAAAGAGUUGUCUCAAAUUUAAAAUAUAUCAGAAUAUUUAGGAAUCUAUUGCAGAGACUACUUUCUCGUGACAUUCUACUAUUUGUAACUGUGUCAGGUGUGACUUUUGCUUUGCUGACACUUUUUUUUUACUACAGAUAUGGUUGGGAAUUUCUUGAAAACACCUACCUCUACCAUCUGACUAGGAGGGAUAUACGGCACAAUUUCUCUCCAUAUUUCUACAUGCUUUAUUUGACUGCUGAGAAUAAUAACAGCUUUAUCUUGGGCCUUGCAGCAUUUUUUCCUCAACUUGUCUUACUUUUUGUGGUGUCUCUAGCCUACUUCAAAGACCUCCCUUUCUGCUGCUUCCUCCACACUGCAAUUUUUGUAAGCUUCAACAAAGUAUGCACCUCUCAGUAUUUUCUCUGGUAUCUCUGUCUGCUACCUCUGGUGAUGCCUGGGCUGAAGAUGUCCAUGACCAAUGGGAUAUGCCUUAUAAUAUUGUGGUUCUUCAGCCAGGCAAUAUGGUUGGUUCCUGCUUACUUUCUGGAAUUUGAAGGCCAAAAUACAUUUUUAUACAUCUGGUGUGCUGGAUUGUUAUUUUUGCUUAUUAACACUGUCAUUAUUGUUCAGAUCAUCUCAAAUUAUCAGUUACAGAGUAAAAAGACCAAGAAAACAUAGAUGGAACUAGUCUCUGAUAUUGAUCCUUUUGCAAUGUAUAUUUGACUGAGAAUAGAGUCCAGAUGGCUCAGAAAACAGCAAGUAUUUCUACAGUAGAAUGCACAAGUCCUUUUUAAAAAAGGGCAAAUUAAUUCUUUAACAUUUUCUUGGGAAAUUCUGCUGUGACUCUAUAAAAUAAAACACAGUGCAAUGAAACAGAA